AAAACCUAAAAUAACAACGUUAUUUGGGAACGUCGUGGAAAGCAUUUAAUGUAAUAUUUAAUGCAUUAAUCCUAUAAAAAAUAAUAAUAAUAAUGAUUUCAAUACUUAAUAGAUUAGGUUACAAACUUGUUGUCACGUAAAUUGGAAUCAGUAAAGGACUACAAUUAAUCUAGCUCUGUCCAUUUAUCACAAUACUGCAAACCUGUAUCUUUGUUUGCGCCGUCGUCCUCUGCUCAUACCAAUCAGCUAGGAUUCCCUACACUUUUGUUAAACGACAAGGUGCAAGAAAAAACAUAAUGACACCGCGUACAACUUAACCAAGUUUCAAACUAAGUUAGCUCCUUCUAGUGGGCUUGUUUGUGUCACAAGCGAAUGAACGCAAACCAGUGGAAAGCAGUGCCUGCAUAAAAGGCUGAACGAGUCAGUGAAGGAUUCAAAAGAUUCGGUUCAGUUUAAAUCUCCAGCGCUGUCAGCCUUUCAGUUUUAUCCAAGGCAUGGGGUAGCACCCCAAAAUAAUACAGAAUUAUGCCCGUAUCUGUAUAAGUGCGUCCAGUAAAGAACAACGAUAGCGAUAAUAAGAUACUCUUUAUAAAUUUAGGUAAGGCAAUUGCGCCCUCGCGUGUUAAAAAGUGCGAAGGCCUACUUGGCAAAAAAAAAGUUUUGUUACGUAACGCAGGCCUGUCAACGUGCCUUCAUGCAAGAACUACUUAACUUGUGCUCGUGUAACAGAUGUGGUAUCUAUGCGCACCCACUGACUUUCCACAGUCUCUCGACGCAUACGAACAACAAUGUGCUCGUUCAAAAUAUAAACAAGAGGCGUGGCGCGAGGUGGAGCUUAGCGCUCGCGCGUUACCGUGCACGAUCCUCAUUUAACUGUCCACAGCAGCACCCGACGUGAUUUAAUAUCACUUCAAUGAACUCUACGCACUCGCAGCUCCGUAGGUGUUCACACGGAUGGAGAAGCUGCCGUUGCCCAGUGAUGAGGAUGGCAGUGUUUUGGCCGAGAGUCGAUCAGACAUGGUUCUGGUGGCGGCAGAUGAAGAGGGGUCUGCGGGAGCUGAUGGGCCGGAGGACGACAGGCCAGCGUGGGACAGUAAGCUGCAGUAUGUGCUCGCUCAGGUGGGCUUCAGCGUCGGCCUGGGCAACGUCUGGAGGUUCCCCUAUCUCUGCCACCAAAAUGGAGGAGGUGCCUUUAUGUUACUGUAUGUAAUGCUGUUGCUCGUUAUCGGGGUUCCUCUGUUCUUCAUGGAGCUAGCGGCCGGGCAGAGCAUCCGUCAGGGCAGCAUCGGGGUCUGGAAACACAUCUCGCCUCGCCUCGCCGGGAUCGGUUAUUCCAGCUGCAUGGUUUGUUUUUUCGUGGCCCUGUACUAUAAUGUGAUCAUUGCCUGGUCUCUGUUCUAUAUGGGCAAUUCAUUCCAGUAUCCAUUGCCAUGGGAACAGUGUCCUGUAGACAUGAUCUCAAACCAGACAGUGAAGGAAUGUGCGUCAAGCUCUCCUACCUCAUAUUUCUGGUUCAGAAAGGCUCUGGAUAUCUCCGACUCCAUAGACCAGUCAGGAGAGUUUAACCCCAUCAUGACUGGUUGCCUGCUUGCAGCCUGGGCUAUAGUGUGUCUCGCAAUGAUCAAAGGCAUCAAGUCUUCUGCCAAGGUGAUGUAUUUCUCCUCUGUGUUUCCUUACGCCGUGCUGAUCUGUUUUCUAAUCCGAGGGCUCAUGUUGGACGGCGCUAUGGACGGCAUUAAAUAUAUGUUUUAUCCCAAGCUGGAGAUUUGGGGGGAAGUGCAGGUGUGGCGUCAGGCUGCUACACAGGUGUUCUUUGCACUGGGUCUGGGAUACGGCUCUGUGAUCGCUUACUCAUCCUACAACCCUGUGCAUAACAACUGCCACCGGGACGCCAUCAUGGUGUCUAGCAUCAACUUCAUGACCUCAGUAUUGGCCUCUCUGGUUGUCUUUGUGGUCCUCGGUUUCAGAGCUAAGAACAUUGCUCUGGAUUGUGUCGCAACUAACGUGGCCAGGAUGGCAGGAAUGGCAUCGCCAGGUUCUUCUGAGCAUUGGUGGCCAUGGUUCAACAUUUCAGAUCCCAAAUCAGUGACUCUUCAAGACUACAGAGAAUGGUACAGCCACUAUGGAAGCCUGCUAGGGUCAAACAUCACUGACUGUGACCUAGAAAGAGAAAUGAGCAAGGGUGUGGAGGGCACGGGUUUGGCGUUUAUAGCAUUUACAGAGGCGAUGGCUUUUUUUCCUGCAAGUCCAUUUUGGUCAACUUUGUUCUUCCUCAUGCUGCUGAAUUUGGGCCUCUCCACCAUGUUUGGCACCAUGCAGGGCAUUCUCACCCCACUCAUGGACAACUUCAGAGUGCUGGGGCGCCACAAGACCAUACUGACGGUCUGUAGCUGUAUCCUGGGCUUCUUCAUUGGCCUGCUGUUCACUCAGAGAAGUGGCAACUAUUUUGUGACCAUGUUUGAUGACUAUUCUGCCACGCUACCGCUGAUCAUCGUCGUGAUUUUUGAAACCAUUAGCGUGGCUUGGAUUUACGGUGCUGAUCGUUUCUUGGAUGAUGUGGAGGUGAUGCUGCACUGGCGUCCUCCCGUGAUUUAUCGAUAUUUGUGGAAGUACGUGUGUCUGCUCGGCAUGGUUGGACUGCUGGCUGCUAGUCUUCUCCGCAUGGUCUUCAAACGGCCCACUUACACAGCUUGGAACCACACCACGGGAUCCGAAACUAGCCUUGAGUAUCCUGGAUGGGCUCUGGUCGUGCUCUCCAUGCUAAUCAUCGUAGCAUCUCUCCCCGUGCCCGUUGGCUACCUGCUCUCCUUCCUCAGAGGGGGGCGGAGCCUACCAGUGGAGGAGGGUGAGAUUGAGCCUCCAAGAGAACGAUACUCCAAAUGCAAUUCUGCUGAGCCAGAGCCGAAUAACCAUCACUCCCCACUGGACGAAGACAGGAACCGGCCGCGCUCCACCUUCCUUCCACUGGGUGCUGAACACUACAGGCUGCUCCCGCAACAGGAAGAGGGAGAGGAAGAGGAAGACACUGGGCUGUAAGGAAACACAGAGACAAAAUUGAAUCAAUCAGGUGUUUGAGCAGAAAACAAGACUAUUUAUUGAUCAGUAUUGGAGUAUUUUUUAAUGGAGUGGAGGGAGGCGGACUCCAUUUAUUCUCAUUAUGCUAAUGAACAUUCAUUGAAACAUUUUAGACAGUCAAGGCCCUAUUUGAGAGGGAUGCACAAAUCACCGAAUUUCUUUGUUCUUGAAUCUUGAAUCCCUACAUGUACAUAGUGAAUUGCUCUGUGCCAAAAGUGCCUCUUAAAGGGAUAGCAGAAAUCUCACUCUCAGGCCAUGCGACACAUGAAGGAAUUCAAAACAGAAUUAAAGUUAAAAUAAUUUUCAUUCAUUCCUUUCUUAUAAACACGCAGCUUUUCACCUCACGAGACAUUGUAAUCGAUGGUUUAAAUUCCCAUUCUGACGGCACCCAUUCACUGCAGAGGAUACAUUUACAAUCAAACAAUGUAAUGCUAAAUUUCUCUAAAUCUGCUUUGAUGAAUAAACAAACUCAUCUUCAUCUUGCAUGGCCUGAGGGGGGAGUACAUUCAAUUUUUUAAUAAAUACACACACAUUUAUAUCAGAUUACAGCUUCUCCAAAGGACAGCAUGAUAUUACACUAAUGUCAUACAAAAUGUAGCCGGUGGAAGAUGUUUUUAAGUGUUAUUAGAAUACUAAUAUUUUUAUAUACUUUUCUGCAAGGAAAUGGUAUUUAGAGGUUAAAGGUUUCUUUGAGUAUGCAACUAUUAGUCAUUAACAUUAAUCUGGUUUUAGCCUGGAAUUGGUUAUAAUGCAUCAUCUCUAGAUAUUCUAUGUUAUUAAUAGGGUUAAAGGAAAUGUAAAUAGUUACAUCAGACAUAAAGUACAUUCAUUAAUUUGUAGUUUUCAGUGACACUAAAAUACUACAGUGUUUCUAAUAGACAGAUCAUAGGAUUGCACAAAUUUUAGGUUAAAAGCUACUUUUUUCAAACAAGAAGCACAACUCAUGGUUGAGCAUCACCCACACACUCCUACAUAUAUGUUUUCAUUGUUCUUCUAUGUCUCAGCAGUUCAAAUAAAUGAGUGCCAUGCGGAUCCUCAGCUUGAAUUAGAUGUGUGAACACAAACGCUACAGAAUGCAAAUAUAUUUCAUGGUCUUUUUAUGUUUAUUAGGGCUGAGAAAGCUCAGCUUUUGGUCCGUCUCGGGCUGACCAGAAAGAUUUUAGUCUACAUUUUAGACUGAUCAAGAAAGGUUUUAGUCAUUAGACUAAACAUGAAAGCUUUUUUUUUGUUUUUAAACAUUUAUGCCUUUGAUCAUGCUUGAGUUUGUUUUACGUUAUAUAAAGUGUUUGCAUGUUUUCUUCAUUCGUGAGUAUUCUUUUUAUUCAUUCAAUUCUGAUGAAAAUGCAAUAUGACAUACAGAAUUUUUUGGAUAAUGUAGAGUAAGUGUUUGUGUACGUGUGUUAAAAAACAAUAUUUUGUAAUAACCAUUACAAUUUGUGCCAUGCUAAAAAUCACUGUAUAUAGUCUGUACCAAAUAAAACAUUCUUUGGUCAUA